AUGGCUAAAGAAACAAAACUUUACGAAACCUUGGGCGUUGAUCCUUCUGCUUCUCCUAGCGAUUUGAAGAAAGCCUAUCGUAAAUUGGCCUUAAAGUAUCACCCUGAUAAGAACCCUAAUGCCGGUGAUAAAUUCAAGGAAAUUAGCCGUGCUUAUGAAAUUCUCUCUGAUGAGGACAAACGCUCUACCUACGAUCGCUUCGGUGAAGAAGGCUUACAAGGCGGUGGUGCUGGAGAAGGCAUGUCUGCUGAUGACUUGUUUGCUUCCUUCUUCGGCGGCGGCAUGGGAGGCAUGGGCGGUAUGUUCGGCGGUGGCAUGCCCCGUGGUCCUCGCAAGGGUAAAGACUUGGUUCACACUAUCAAGGUCACCCUUGAAGAUCUCUACCGUGGUAAGACUUCGAAGCUUGCUUUACAAAAGAAGGUUAUCUGCGGCAAAUGCAGUGGCCGUGGUGGCAAGGAAGGUGCUGUCCGUUCUUGUUCCUCUUGUAGCGGUUCUGGUGUCAAGUUCAUCACCCGUGCUAUGGGUCCUAUGAUCCAGCGUAUGCAAAUGACCUGUCCUGACUGUAACGGUGAAGGAGAAACCAUCCGCAACGAAGACCGUUGCAAGGAGUGCAAUGGUGCCAAGGUUGUUUCUCAACGUAAGAUACUCACUGUUCACAUUGAUAAGGAAGAAGGUGAACAAGCUCCUGGUAUCAUUCCUGGUGACGUUAUAUUUGUUGUCGAUGUUAAGGAACAUCCUAGAUUCAAGCGCAGCGGUGAUCACCUCUUUUAUGAAGCCCACGUUGACUUGCUUUCUGCUUUGGCCGGUGGUCAAAUCGUUAUCGAACACUUGGACGAGCGUUAUUUGACCAUCCCCAUCAUCCCUGGUGAAUGCAUUCGCCCUAAUGAACUCAAGGUUAUUCCCGGCCAAGGUAUGCUCUCUCAACGCCACCACCAAGCUGGUAACCUUUACGUUCGUUUCACUGUUGAUUUCCCAGAACCCAAUUUUGCUCCUGCCGAAAAGCUUGCUUUACUCGAACAGGUCUUACCUCCUCGUCGUGUUGAAAAGGCCCCUAAGAACGCUGUUACUGAGGAGUGUGUUCUUGGUAACGUUGAUCCUACUGAAGCCGUUCGCAUUGAUAACAACGUUAAUCCUACUACUGCUAGCGCUAUGGACGAAGAGGAAGAAGAAGAUGACGGCGGUCACCCUGGUGUACAAUGCGCUCAACAGUAA